GCGCGUGCUCUGGCGGUCGCUGCCCGUGCCCUUGUCGCCAUGGCGGGCUACUGGGACGGCCCCGAGGGCGAGCACUGCGCGGAGCGGACCUGGUUCACCACGCGCGUGGGCGCGGCCGUGGGCCUGGUCGGGGCGGCGUAUCGCAUCAUCCUGCUGCGGCCCGGCUCGGCCCUGGCCAUGCUGCAGACGGCGGCGGCGGACAGUGUGACCAUGGCUACACUGGGAGCUGUGUUUGGCUUAGGUACCUGCCUCAGUGCCCAAGUCCGGGAGGAGCCACAUAGUCCUUUGGACUAUUUUGUUGGUGGCUGUGCAUCAGGAGCUGUCGUGGGAGCAAGAGCUCGCAGUUACUUCGCUGGCACCACGGCUUGUCUGGGGCUGGGAUUCACUGCAGCCCUCCUGAAGAUUGCAAACAUUGAGGGCUGGAGGCUGGCGGGACCUCCCAAGCUGUAAAUGUCACCUUUCCUCCCUGUGUGUGAGCUGCCUUCCUAAUGCUCUGUGUACUUAGGACGUUGUGUAAUAAAGGUUUGGUCAAACCAGCAGUUGUCACAA